GAGCGCGGCGGGAAUGCCAGCAGCUCCCGCGGCUGUGACCGGGAGCACGCCGCCGUUAUCUGCUGGUUUGGUGAAGAUGAGCGCUCCCCUUCAACGCUGACGCUGUUUGGGUUUUCCUCCGCGGAUGCGCAGGCAUGACGGAUUCCCCUCACGCCGCGCAGCAGAUCACAUCCGGCGGCGGCGGCGGCUCAUGCACCGGAUUGCUACUGCCGCCGCCCGAGCAGCGAGCUCCCCUCCCGGCGACGGGCCCAGAACGCCUCUUGUGACAUGACAGCUCGGGGCAGAAAGACGAGGAUCGAGGGUAGCAGGCAGGGGUCACGACACGAGCGGAAACGGAUCAGAUCCUGGAGCAGAGAGAGCCCAGAAACCGGGGGUCGGGACUUUCUGAGCGCAGAGGAUCCAAACACCGAUGUGUUCGGAGAACAGCCUGGUUACGGGUCUCCUCUGGGUCGGAACAUCCAGAGAGUCAGUAGAAAGCAGACCAAUCCAGGUCCUCCUGGCAUCUGAUCCCCAAGCCUCGGUGCGGGUCUGAGUCGGGGCUUCCUCCGCCUCUCAUCCACGGCGGAUGCGCGGCCUCGCUGUGGUCGCAGCCGCGGACACGCGCAGCCAUGGGCUGCAUUCAGAGCAUCGCCUGCAACAAAUCGCGAAUUAAGCGCGAGAACAUCCUGGUGCAGGACCUGUCGGCCACCAUCGACCACUGCCCGACCGUCAUCGAGGAGAACUCCCCCAUAGUGCUGCGGUACAAGACGCCCUACUUCAAAGCGUCCGCGCGGGUUGUCAUGCCCCCCAUCCCGCGCCAAGACACAUGGGUAGUUGGUUGGAUCCAGGCGUGCACCCAGAUGGAAUUCUACAACACCUAUGGAGACAUCGGCAUGUCAAGCUGGGAGCUGCCUCAGCUGCGAGAAGGUUUGGUGAGGGCCAUCAGUGACUCUGACGGGGUCAGCUAUCCUUGGUACGGAAACACCACAGAGACCGUCACCAUCGUCGGCCCCACCUCCAAGCCGUCCCGCUUCACCGUGAGCAUGAACGACAACUUUUACCCCAGUGUCACUUGGGCUGUGCCAGUCAGCGAAUCCAACACACCCUUACUGACUAACAUCAAACGGGACCAGAGCUUCACCACCUGGCUGGUGGCGCUCAACACCACAUCCAGGGAAAAGAUCCUGCUCCACACCAUCAAGUGGAGGAUGAGGGUCGACGUCAUGGUGGACCCCUCCCAGCCUCUGGGCUCAAGGGCCAGGCUGGUGGGCCGGCUGUACCAGGACCAGCCGCGGGUGCUGGCCCGCAUGGAGCCGGUCCCCUCCAACGCCAUGGGAAAGCCAAACGCCAACGACGCUCAAGUCUUAAUGUGGAGACCAAGGAGGGGCCCUCCUAUUGUUGUCAUCCCCCCCAAGUAGAAGAAUAUGAUUGACAGGUCUUCAGUGUAAAUCACUGAGAUAUGCAGUAUUCCAGUGGAGACGAUGAUGAGGGCAAAUGAUGGCUUGAAGGGGACUUAUUGCCUUAAUGCAGUUUCCCUGACAUGCGUCAGAAAUUACACAGAAACAAAACGCCACGUCUUUGUUUCCAUCACAGGUCAUGGCUGGAGUUCCCUCCGCCCCCGGGGGCAAGCCUCUUUCUAGAGAUGCUCAACAGCUUUGACCCGUGGACACAAAUGCCCGAGUUCCAUGGUCCAGGAAAACCUGAGGUCUUUGGUCUGAGGGUUCAGCAGUGAAAACGCCGCUUGCAGUUGAAACCUUCUCGUGAGUCACAGAAACACAGAAUUGCAAACGACGCUCACCGAUGACAGAACGUUAAAAAAAAACUCCUCAGGCGGAGGAUAAAAACCUCCCAGUAAUAGUGGUGGAGCAACUUUUUAGGCUGCUUUGACUAAACAUGUAAAAAUCCUCAUCAUGUAUUGUUACACAGUAUGAUCCUUGUUCUGUAAGACAGAAAUGCAGAGUUGGAAACCCCCGCCUUCUGUUCGCUGAGCCACCUGGCUGCCCUCCCACUGCGGUGAAGCGCACCAGAGUUCACCUGCAAGCAAACGGCAGCCAUGUUUCCAGGUGCUCCCAACUCUGGGGUUGUGUCCCAAUUCCCUCACCACUUAAAGCGCCAUAUAGGGUGUUUUCUUAAGGGUGUCCAAAUCUACAGUUCCAAAAUCCAGUCCCAAAUUUCCCAGAAGUCUCUGCAAAAAAAUAGUUUGCAUCCAUGCUCAAUAGAUUGCUAAAUAUAGACCACUACGCAUUGCGUUUCAACAAUUCGUAGUUUGAUAAAAAUGAUUUAAACUUAUUUUUGUAUAAUUUAUGGAGCCCCUAAAGAGACACUGAAGUAUUUUCUCGUGCGCACUAGAUAGCGACUGGUACGCUCGAGCAAUCAGAAGUUUUCUUUUUUUGUUUUACUUGGAUGUGAUAAAUCAUUCAGUGGAUUUAUCAACAAUCGUCAUCUUUUCUAGGUUUUUACUUCUGAAAACGGGUGACAUCACAUUUUGUGUUGAAAAAAAAGUAGUUCUCAUGUCUCCGAAUCGCAUUCAAAUCCAUGGCACCCUACAUAGUCCUACAGGGCUUAUGGCGGGAAUUCAGACACAACCUGGGUGAGACCACACAUCAACAGAGAAAACAAACAUCUUGACUUUGGAGAUCUGAAAUGAGGAGGAGCUCACAGACAGAGUAAAGUCUGAGCGGCUCCCUGAAUAUUUCCAGGUUUGGAUUUGUCUUUACAGUUUUGGAGUCUUAGACCUUCAGGAGCCCGUAGAGAUGUCCCCUUCAUGCUGAGAGUUUGACGGCACACAUCCGAGUGAACGUUCUGAAGGGAACCCUGCCUUAACUCCCCACUGCUGCCUUUGAAGACUCAGACAUGUUUCUUUGCUUUGGUGCUGAUGAGCUGUGGUGAAGCGUCCGCGCCUUUGCCAAACGGGAAGAAACUGCAGGUGGAUGGAAACCUGCACUGUAGCUUCUCCAACAGGAGACAUGAAGUCUUCACACAUGCAGGUUGUUUCAGCCUGAAUGGAGACAUUCACAUCUGACAAACCGCUGAGUAAGCGUCUCCAAGAAAAGAGGUUAGUGUUUCAGCUCCCAGGAGAGCAGCGCCAUCAUGGCGGCGUUUGUUCCUAUCAGAGAAUCAGCUGCAGGAGGAGGGUGCUGGGUUUGUGUCUUUUCUUUCAUGUGGAUCCAGGCUUGCUGCUGCCUCACACCAGACUGCCUCACACACAUCCGAGCCUCAUUUGAUUUGAUCUCACACGGUUUGGUGGUUUCAGCCCCGCGUCACAGCGAUGCUGUCGUCCUCAAAUGAAGCCAUGCAGACGGACGUUUCCACGCCGCAGAGCUUUUCCGGUUCUGCCUUUAAAAAGCCAGAGUUGCCUGUUGAUGACAGCCUGCGACUGUAAAACCUGAAGGUGUCUUUUGCCCAGAGAGGAGGACAGCCGUGAUGCUUUCAUGACCGGGGGAGGCGGGGCAAACAGGUGUAUGUUGCCAUCAGAGCAGUAUUAGAGUAUCUGUAGCAGUGUAGAAAACAGUCCAGCAGCGGGACCGUCUCCGCUGCUGGAGCCUUAAAGACUGAAAAAGAUGCCAAACAGUCUAAACGGUUUACACAAAACCGAGACAUAAAGGUAAAAACGAAAGAAACGACGAUAAUCAGCCUUUGUAGUUCAUUUGGAACAAAGGCGUUUGACAAUAAAAGAGUAUUUGAGAUCUAAGAAGAGCAGAUUUUUUUGUAUCCUAAGAGAUUUUUUGAACUUUUUUGUGUACAUUGAUGUUCCUCAGCAGAUCAUUUGUUAGUUUGGCCCCAUUUAAAGUCCCACUCUGAUCUUCUUCUGAUCAGUUUUCACAGUUGCCAGUGAUCUUUUAAUUACGAUGAUUCCGUUUUUAACCUAAAUAAAUGGAAAAAAAAACCUGUCAUUUUCUAGAACAUAGUUUCUGCUCAGCGGCAGGAGUUCAUUAGAAACUCCCCUCUGAGUUGUGAGUGGGACUGUUGUUGGCGGGGACUAAGCCUGCCCCGACUUCCCAUCAUCCCUUUGUUUACAAUCUCCCCUACUAGCUUACAGCCCCCCACACCCACAUCCUAAGAUUAGCGGUGCAACAAAAACGUUGCAAUAUCG